AUGUCUACUCCAUCUUACACUGUCGGCGACUACGCCCGUUUCGCUCUUGCCGGUGCCAUCGGUUGCGGUGUCACCCAUGGGUCCAUGACCCCAAUCGACGUUGUCAAGACCAGAAUCCAGUUGGACCCAGUUGUGUACAACAGAGGUAUGGUCGGGACUUUCCGUCAGGUCAUUUCUUCUGAGGGUGCCGGUGCUCUUUUGACCGGUUUCGGCCCAACCGUUUUGGGUUACUCCUUGCAGGGUGCCUUCAAGUUCGGUGGUUACGAAUUGUUCAAGAAGACCUUCAUUGACUUCAUGGGGGUUGACAACGCCAAGAACUACAAGAACACCAUCUACAUGUCUUCUGCUGCCAUUGCCGAGUUCUUUGCCGAUAUCGCUUUGUGUCCAUUGGAAGCCACCAGAAUCAGAUUGGUCUCCCAGCCAACCUUUGCCAACGGUCUUGUCGGUGGUUUCGCCAGAAUCUACAGAGAAGAAGGUCUCGGUUCUUUCUACAACGGUUUCACCCCAAUCUUGUUCAAGCAGAUUCCAUACAACAUUGCCAAGUUCUUGGUCUACGAGCGUGCCUCUGACGCCAUCCUUGGCCUCAUCCCAACUCCUAAGAACGAGUUGUCUGGUGCCAUGUCCACCGCCGUCAACUUGGGUGCUGGUUUGAUCGCCGGUUGUUCUGCCGCCAUUGUCUCCCAGCCAGCUGACACCUUGUUGUCCAAGGUUAACAAGGCCAAGAAGACUCCAGGUCAGUCCACCUUGGGUCUUUUGGCCUCUUUGGCCAAGCAGUUGGGUUUCGUCGGUGCCUUCACCGGUUUGAGCACCCGUUUGGUCAUGGUUGGUACCUUGACCUCCUUGCAAUUCACCAUCUACGGUUCCUUAAAGUCCGCCUUGGGCUGUCCAAAGUCCGUCGAAAUCAACUAA